CUCUUCUCUUUUUCCUCCGGUUCUCGCAAGCGGGGUCGGUCACGCAGGGCGACCUUUCUCUCUCUCUCUCUCUCCUCGAACUGUCUCUCCGUGUUCGACUCGCGUUUCAGCGCAGUCAGACCUGACCAAGACAAUUCAAAUAACCAAAGAGAGAAAGAGACUUUUCCACACCCACAGAGAAAAAGAAAAUCGGAAUCAUUCUCCAUUCUAGAGCGACAGAAAGCUUGGAAAAAUUGCUGUGUACAGCGAGAAAGUUCAAUAUUCUUCGCUCGCAAUCUCAGAUUAUAUUCUUCGAUCGUAAAAACUCUCGAGAUCUCCGUCGCUUGAUCCCCACUUCGAAUCGCUCUUGUUUUCUUCUCAAUUCAUCGAGGACUUCUGAGUUUCUCACUUGGGAUUUGUUGAUUGGGAAGGGGUUUGAGAUUAAUGCGCGAAAAUUGAAGGGUAAUUUGGUACUAUUAGAGAGAUUCUGAGAUGAGUGGUGUGGGAGUUAUUAACUGUUGGUGUUCGGUGUAAUAUGGGUUUGGUUGUUAUACAUAAAGAAGAUGUCGCUUUACAUUCGUCGCGAGGCUUCAAAGCUAUGGAAAAGAUUUUGCUCAGAGAUCGUAACGGAACUCAACCUUCUCGCCGAGAACUGGAAGUAUCUUCUCGCCGGACUCAUCUUUCAGUACUUCCAUGGACUUGCUGCUCGAGGAGUUCACUAUUUCCAUCGGCCGGGACCUCUUCUUCAGGAUGUUGGGUUCUUUCUUCUUCCGGAGCUUGGGCAAGACAAAGCUUACAUCAGUGAGACCGUGUUCACAUUUGUUUUUCUAUCGUUCUUCCUGUGGAGUUUUCAUCCUUUCAUUCUCAAGAGCAAAAAGAUCUACACAGUUCUGCUCUGGUGCAGGGUUCUGGCAUUUUUAUCUGCUUGUCAAAUUCUUCGGAUAGUAACAUUUUAUUCAACUCAGCUUCCGGGCCCAAACUAUCAUUGCCGUGAGGGUUCAAAGUUUGCUACGCUGCCUCCUCCAGAUAAUAUACUCAAAGCGCUAAUAAUUUUACCUAGAGGCAUUUUAUAUGGCUGUGGCGACUUAAUAUUUUCAUCACAUAUGAUCUUCUCACUAGUCUUUGUCCGCACUUAUCAGAAAUAUGGCAUGCAGAGGUUCAUAAAGCAGUGUGCUUGGUUAAUCGUUGUGAUCCAGAGCUUUUUGAUAGUAGCAGCUCGCAAACACUAUACGGUUGAUAUCGUUGUGGCAUGGUAUACUGUUAAUUUGGUGGUGUCCUUCAUCGACCACAAGUUGCCAGAAUUGCCUGACCGCUCUGGAGCUGCGGCAUUUUUACUACCAUUAAGCAAGGAUGGCCGGACCAAGGAAGAGAAUUUCAAGCUCCUAAAUGGAAACUCUGGGGAUCCUAUCGACCGGAGACAGAGAACUCCAGCGAAUGGCAAGAUUCUGGAAAAUGGAAACACGGUCCAUGGUGAUGCAAUGAUGAAUGGGGUGUAGGCAAUUACUUGGGUCGUUAGAACUUCAGGUGUAAAGAUUCUUCUACUGCUUUUCGCGUGAACCUGAUUUAUGUAUCCUAGUGGAAGAAAUUUGGUUAUGCUUUAUGGUUUCAAUGCGAUUCAUCAUCAGUUGCGCAA